CCUCCGCUGCGCUACAGCGGUGUUACUGGUGACACCGUCCGGGCCGCGUCCUCAUCCACUUCCGGUCUGUGUUUCAUAAACUAGUCAGCUCGGGACGCAGAGAAGCAGGAACAAGGAUGCUGUCCCUGACCCGUGCAGUAGUGUGUGGGGUGGCUCGCGCUCCAGUUGCUGUCAGCCAGGGUGGAGUGACCGCUAUCACCCGAUUCAACAGCACACAGAGUGCUCCUAAGAAAACAACAUUUGGACCUCUGGCAGAUGAAGACAGAAUUUUUACAAACCUUUAUGGUCGCCAUGAGUGGAGGCUGAAGGGGGCAUUGAAGCGUGGCGACUGGUACAAAACUAAGGAGAUCCUUUUGAAGGGAGUCGACUGGAUCAUCAAUGAGAUCAAAGUGUCUGGCCUGCGUGGGAGAGGUGGAGCAGGUUUCCCUACAGGCAUGAAGUGGAGCUUCAUGAACAAGCCCAGCGAUGGCAGGCCAAAGUAUCUGGUGGUGAACGCUGAUGAGGGAGAACCUGGCACCUGUAAGGACAGGGAGAUUAUGAGGAAUGACCCGCACAAGCUGGUGGAGGGCUGCCUGGUUGCUGGGAGGGCCAUGGGGGCUCGCGCUGCUUAUAUUUACAUCAGAGGAGAGUUCUACAAUGAGUCGUCCAACCUGCAGGUAGCUAUUAAUGAGGCCUAUGCUGCUGGACUCAUUGGAAGGAACGCCUGUGGCUCCGGUUACGACUUUGAUGUGUUUGUGAUGCGUGGUGCUGGAGCGUACAUCUGUGGAGAGGAGACUGCUCUUAUUGAGUCCCUGGAAGGGAAGCAGGGGAAACCUCGCCUGAAGCCCCCAUUUCCUGCUGAUGUGGGUGUGUUCGGCUGCCCAACAACUGUUGCCAAUGUGGAGACUGUAUCUGUGGCGCCCACCAUCUGCCGUCGUGGAGGCUCGUGGUUUCUCGGGUUUGGCAGAGAGAGAAACUCUGGCACAAAGCUGUUCAACAUCUCUGGCCAUGUUAACCACCCCUGCACCGUAGAGGAGGAGAUGUCUGUCCCUCUGAAAGAACUCAUUGAGAGGCAUGCAGGUGGAGUGCGUGGUGGUUGGGAUAACCUGCUGGCUAUAAUCCCUGGUGGCUCCUCAACACCCCUUAUUCCCAAGAAUGUGUGUGAAGAAGUGCUGAUGGACUUUGAUGGUCUUGUUCAGGCUCAGACUGGCCUGGGUACAGCUGCAAUCAUCGUCAUGGACAAAUCCACUGACAUUAUAAGAGCCAUUGCCCGCCUGAUUGAGUUCUACAAACAUGAGAGCUGUGGGCAGUGCACACCCUGCAGAGAAGGAGUGGACUGGAUGAAUAACAUGAUGUGGCGUUUUGUGAAAGGCGAUGCACGGCCAGCAGAGAUCGACAUGAUCUGGGAGCUCAGUAAGCAGAUUGAGGGACACACUAUCUGCGCUCUGGGAGACGGUGCGGCAUGGCCAGUGCAGGGAUUGAUCAGGCAUUUCAGGCCUGUGAUGGAAAGCCGCAUUGCUGAACGCCAGCAGCAGCAGGCCAGGGCAUAAAUGUCUCGUACAACUUCAUGAACUCAUCCUCCUGUCUCGCUCGCACUUAACCCUGUGCUUUUGUCAUUGACAAACUAUUUAAAUCGAUAAUGUGCCCUAUGUUCACCUUAUCAUCAUAUUUUACUUGAUGUGUCUGCCUUGUCUGAUGAAAGAACCAAUAAAUUCUAUGAACCUCAAACCA